AUGUCGUCCAGCGACAGCGAUACCUCGUCCGCCGAGAGCGAUACUGACGCGCCUGAACUUGCCGUGACAGCACGUCCUGAUGAGGAGGUGCUGAGUCUAGAUCUGGAGAAGGACGAUUAUCUUUACAGAAUCAGGAAGAAAAACCGCAUUGUUUAUGUUCAUGUUCUCAAUGGAGAUGCUAUUCCGCCUGACUAUAGGACUGAUAGCUAUCGGAUUCUCUUGCACCUGCGGAAAGUCCCUCGCUGGGAGGAAGAAUGGACAACACUGACGGUACGAAGGGGUGCUCAUGGUCUCGAAAGCACUCUAAACGAGUUCAAGCCGCACGGACUCAAUCUCGCGAAGCUCGAUGUAUCUUCUGCCAAGUUCUACAAUCUGUCAGACCUGACGAGGGUUUCCCGUAUCAGUGAUCGCAUGUUUUGCGUGAAGGGUGACAAUGAGAUCUGGGUAAUGAAGAUCGCAAGUUUCAAACACGAAGUUCGGUACUUGCAGCAGGAGGUCGCGAUCUACUCUAAGCUGGCUUCAGCUGGCUUUCCACUUGCGCCACGAUUAAUAGGUUACGUCUACGAAGAAACAAAGGAUCGGACAAUGGGCUUCUUGAUGGAAAAGAUUUCAGGCUAUCCGCCAAGCAUAGAUGACCUGGAAGCAUGUACAAAGACUAUUCGUCUGCUGCAUACCUUCGGAAUCCUCCACGGAGACACCAAUCGAUACAACUUUCUGAUGACUGAGAAAGGCGCCCAAAUCUUCGACUUUGAGGGCUCUGUUGCGCUAGAAGAUAAGGGCUCAGAAGCAGCGUUAAAGGAGGUAGAAGGUCUCGAGGCCCACUUGUUAGAAAGCUCCGGCAGGGGUCAGAAAUGGUUCUUCUGA